AGAGCCAGAAUAAGAAGAGUUUUAGUGACGCGGUUAUGUAAAUUUUAUGAAAAUAAUAAUAAUCAUUGAAAUUCUAAAGGAAAUCUUCAACAAAAUUCCAAAUAAAAAGAAUUUAUUAUUUGUAGUUUGUGCUUGUGUAAUUGCUAUCGUCGUUGGUUUGCUAAUAGCGCACAAUAACAACAAAGGCAUGGAAAUGAGUGCUGCAAUGCUUGCUCGUGUCUCCUUCUAUCCCACUCUCCUUUACAAUGUUUUAAUGGAGAAGGCCACUGCCCGCAACUGGUAUGAUCGUAUCGAUGAGAAUGUCAUAUUGGGUGCUUUACCUUUUCGAUCACAGGCCAAUGAUCUUAUUAAAAAUGAGAAUAUGAAAGCUGUUGUUUCCAUGAAUGAAGACUAUGAAUUGACUGUGUUUUCGAACAAUGCUCCCAAAUGGCACUUGUUGGGAGUAGAAUUUCUUCAGUUGGCUACCACCGAUAUUUUUGAGUCACCUUGCCAGGAUAAGCUCUUCAAGGGAGUGGAGUUUAUGAAUAAAUUCCUUCCUACAAAUAAUCGUAUCAAGGGCUUGAGUACUACUUCCAGUCCAGAAAAUGUUGGCACCGUGUACGUACACUGUAAGGCCGGGCGCACUCGUAGUGCGACGCUAGUUGGUUGUUAUUUAAUGAUGAAAAAUGGCUGGACACCUGAACAAGCUGUUGAUCACAUGCGUAGCUGCAGAUCUCACGUCUUACUGCACACCAAACAAUGGGAUGCCCUGAGAUUAUUCCACCAACAACACUUACAAAAGUCAUGACCUAAAAACGACAAUCAACAGGAAAUAUAAUUCUUAAAUAUGCGUCAAUUUGUUCGACUGAGUGUGUUUUUGUGCUAAAAGUUGUGCGUUCGGUGAUGUGUUUUUUGUUUAUUAUGUUAAAUAUAUAACACUUUUAUCGUUAUCUAAAUAAGCCCUUUAUCGUUUAAAUGCUUAUAUUCUCUUUAUUCAAACCAAAUAAUAAAAAGUAUUUUUAGACUAUUUUCUGGAAAACAAGCGAAA